GCAACAUUGCAUUUUUUAUAAAUAAUCAAUAAAAUUCACACGGUGAAUUUAAAACUUCAUGACAAGCUGCGGAAAAAAACUCUCUAUCGCGAGCAGCUCGAACAUCCGUCUGUUUGAGUCUAGUCGGAGUUUGACCUGAAAGCAGACAAAACGAUGUCCACGUUUUUAUUUGUUCUGUUGCUGGACGUUGUUUUUGUGGCCAGUGUCCAAGGAUUGGCUGUGAACCAGCUUAAGCAGAUUUUGGAGAAUGUCGAAGGUGCACCGGCUUCUGAUGAUGUGGGAUGGUAUCAUAAAACAAAGACCAGGAAAGGUCCACCGGCUUCUGACGAUGUCGGAUGGUAUUAUCCAACUAAGACCACUAAAGCAAAAAAGAACAAAGUGAAGGAUCCGGCCCCUUGGUGUCAGUCGCAUAGUUCCGGGGCUGAUUGCUGUGUGCAGAGGACGAUGAACAAGCACGGGAAGAAAUAUCACUUGAACGCUUGUCUGAACGUGAACUUCCACCCCCAUGCAAAUGAGUACUCGGUCUACUUCAGUGUGAAUGGGUACUCUCUCUUCCACAAGGACACAGACCUGAAGAUGAAUACCAUUUUUCGAUGGAAUACUAUUGCAAUGCUAGAGAACUUUACUGUCGCUUAG